GUGAUCACGUGACUGAGCAGCCAUUAUGAUUAUAAAGAAGAAGAUCGUUGGUGUUUUUAUAUAAAGAAAUAUUUUUUUUGAAAUCAUACAUCAAUAUAUAUCAAUAAUAACUAUGUCUUAUGUUGCCUGAAGUCCUGUGUUUUGGAUUUAGAAUGGUUUUUAAGUUACUUAACCUGAACAAUUAGGUGAGUUUAUUGCACGAGGAAUCCAACAUGGCCGCUCCUUUAUCGGCUGCUGAAUUAAAAAUGAAAUCCAUUCAAUUGCGUUGUACUUUUUAAAUCUCUAAGAAAUGUUAUGUGUAGCAUUGCCACAUAGUUCCACUUAAGCUUACAAUUAUUUUGUUAAUGAUGUAAUAGUUUUUUUUUAAAAAACUGACCACGCAUUAACUAAUAAGCUAAGGCAUUGAAAAACCUUGCACUUGUACUGAUUUAAAUGUAGGUCACAUUUAUUUAUGAUUUUGAUUUCCCACAUGACAUGCAUCAAAUUCAGGUGCAGUGUUCGUAAUUAUUAACCUAUUUUUGAAAGUAACAUACCAUUUUUUAGAUAAAUUAGUUUUCUUUAAGUUAAAUAUUGAAGAGAAACAAAAAUCUUAUUAUUGUUAAACUAUAAAUUACAAAUAAAUGACAGCUUACCCUCAUCAAGUUUUGAAUUUGAAUUUCCAAAACAGAUAAGUUAUCAUGUAUAAUCACAUUAACACCAAUUUGAAAAUGUUCAAAGUUUAGACAAAUCUAUAAUUGAUUAAUCGGUAUAAUCAAAUCUCCCCCCAAACAAAUUUUUAAGGCAGUGUCUACACGUCCAGACGUCUAUCUCCCGCACUAUUUGUCCGGCGACCAAGUCACAUGACCGCCGUAACAAAGUGGCGAGAGAUAUCUUGUCGGUCAGCCUUGUCACGUGACUGCGAAUAAUUCAAAACUAUUGUUAAUUUUAAAAUCUAUUUCUCUACCAAGUAAUGUACUGAGUAUCUUGCAUGCAAAUAAUAGAAAAAAACUUAAGUGAAAGUGGCUUGUAAACAUUUUUGUUAUUUGAGUUUGUGCACCAGUAAUCCAUAAAAUAAAUUAGGGGCCAGUGUGGAGUAGGCAACCAAUAAACGUAAAAGAUUUCAUUUUAAAUUGUUACAAGAUAUUUAAAAACUUCUCAUGAAACUACUGUUGCUGAUGAACAUGAUAAUAUAAAUAUAGUAUAAAAUAUUUUACAUUAAAAUGGGAGAGAAAAAAAAAAGAUCCUAUCCCCGCUUUGAUCCUCAAAUCAUAAUAUCGUCAAGCGACCUCUAGACCACACAAGAUCUGCCAAACAGUACUUCGUUUGGAAUUAUAAAAACUACUAGCCGUCCGGCGGUCACGUGACAUACCGCCAGACGUAUAUCUUGCGCACUAUUUGUCCGGCGCGCCGGACGUGUAGACCCUUCGAAUUUUUAAUGUUUGCUUAAUUCCCGAAAUAAUACUUGACUAAGUUAGUAAACUACCCUCAAAAUACGGUUACGAUGUAUAAAAAGUAUAAGACAAAACAUACAUUUUUUGUUUACAUUCUUACUGUCCCAUGUGUUUUUUUUAUUAACUUUGUGACUGUAAAUUAAAAUCUCAAAGCCAAAGUAAGAAUGUAUUAAAAUUAAAUAUAUAAAUAUAACUCAUUUUACUAUGUCAAAUAUCUGGCAUAAUCUGGUAUUAUAGUUUCCAAGAGUUGUCUCACCCUAAGAGCAGUGACAUUACUUUGGGGAAUCCCAAAACUGGACUGGGAGUGAAUACGCCAAUUGUUGGACCUAAACAAUAUGUGUGAUUACUUUCUUGUUCUUCAAUGAGCAUUAUUUGUGUCACAAACUCGAUCUGACCAUCAUAGGUUAAUAAAAAGUAUAUUUAAUUUUCCCUUCAUUUCUAUUAAAAUUCAACUAAAAAGGUUAAAAUGAAAUGAAAAAUGAAACACAUCCUUGCAAGAAGAAUACCUGAGUACUGUGAGGUGGAAAAAAAAAAAGCUGCAUUUUAAAAGGGAAGUCUAUUGAUUGGUUAAAAAUGAAAGUACAUGUACGCUAUUUAUUUCUGUUAUGUUGCCAUUUCAUGGGACAUUUCACCAUAAUUCCGCGCCGCGCCCCCCCCCCCCCCCCCCCCCCCCCCCCCCCCCCCUUCAAGAAAAAAUAGAUGAGAGAAAAAACAAAUUUGUAUAAAUCAAACAUGGCUAAAAAUCAAAAUCUUUUGUAUACGGAAUUAUAGUGUCUAUAGCUUUUGACUUGGGGCAACCUACUUGACCUGAUAUGGUCCACAUCUCCGGCCUUACCAUUAACUCAAACCGUGACACUCAGUGUUUCCUGGCCAUGAAAGAAGGAAUGUUUGGCAUUAAAAACAGCUUAUGGUAGUAACCUGUUAAAUAACUAUUCAAUUAGUGUUAAAAUAUAAAAUACAACCUACUUUUUUUCCUCUUGAACUGAAAUCCAAGUCCUAUCUAUACUAUGAGGCCUUAUUAUUAUACUUAUUCCAAAAGGGGCCCUGCAAAAUGUGAAGUAUAGGUUAACUAUAGUCUUAUUACAUUAGUGAGAAUCAGUCAUGCCUGUGCUCUGGCCUUUGCUCUGCAAUUCAAUUUUAUAAAGGCCUAGGCUAAUCUAUUGUCAGUAGAUCUAGGAUCAGUAGAGUAGGCUAGUAUUACUAUAUAAACUAAGUCUAAUAAUAAUAAUAACUGGUCAGAAGUGUGUUGGACUAUUUUUACUGUUUUGAUAUUAUUUUUAUCUGGACCUGGUAAGCUACCAAAUCACGCAAGUGUAAAAGCAAAAAUGUCAAAAUAAUUUAUUUCUAAUUAUUGAAACGUUUGUGGUCAUAAUAAUAAAUAUUAACCCUCUUGAGACAACUGGGCAAAUAUCGGCCCAAUAAUACAAGCCCAGAGAUUGGCUGGCUGGCCUUCAUAGCAGUUAAUCAAAUUGCUUCUCACAUUUCUUGCUCAUCUUGCCAUUUUAAUGGCUUCUUCCUUUGAGAGUUAUCUUGUUAGGAUCAUUUAUAAAUAAAUUUUUUUGGUACCAAGAGCCCCCUAUAAAUGCUUUAAAAAAUAUAGGACCUAGAAAUAUCCACAAGGCAUAAGCACCCCCAGUUGGAUACUUUAUUCAGUUUUUCACAUUGAAUCUUACUCAAAUUUUUGUCAGGAAUUAUGUAAACUUCAACUUUCAGAAAAUUCACCACAAUUCUGUAAGAAAGACAUGUUGAUUCAAAAUGUUUAAAAAAUGCAUGCAUUAAUUUUGCAAAUUAGGAUAUCACAUCAGAGUUAAUGUUGAGAUUUCAGUUGGAUUCAUAAUGAUUGUAUUAAUUCAUCUAAUUUCCUACAAGAACAUACAGUUUUAUAUUUGUAAAAUGAUUGAAAAAAUUUUUUUUUUCAAAGUAAGUGCUGGGCUUGUGAAAAGGACUCCUUCUCCUUGGCACCGAAGGUCCAAAAAUGCUGAGUCUCAUUAGGGUUAAUAACAUGCUGGAGGGUCCUUUGCAACUCAUUUGACUGCAAUUGUAGCCAAAAAAAGUGUCGGAAAUCUUUUUUGAGUGAAGAGUCAUUUUAAAAUUUAUAUCUGCUGAGACUCACAUUAUUUCAUUAAUUCAGGGGGCUGCAAGUUGCUGACCACUGACUAUAAUUUCAUUUCAAAACACAACUAAAAAAACAGAAAAAUUAAAACAUAUUGAAUUUUAUUGUCUUAAAUGAUAGCCUAUAUCUAUAGCCUAUCAGGCUAUCAUUUAGAACACCAAUAUUCAAUAGGAGGGUCCUUUGCAACUCAUUUGACUGCAACUGUAGCCAAAAAAGUGUCGGAAAUCUUUUUUGAGUGAAGAGUCAUUUUAAAAUUUAUAUCUGCUGAGACUCACAUUAUUUCAUUAAUUCAGGGGGCUGCAAGUUGCUGACCACUGACUAUAAUUUCAUUUCAAAACACAACUAAAAAAACAGAAAAAUUAAAACAUAUUGAAUUUUAUUGUCUUAAAUGAUAGCCUAUAUCUAUAGCCUAUCAGGCUAUCAUUUAGAACACCAAUAUUCAAUAGUGAAUUUUAUAAACAGCUUAUUUAAAAUUUGCACUAACUUUAGUAAUUAAAUAAUUAAUUAGGCCGAAUCUAACGCAGAAAACUUUUUAACCAACUUCUUAUAAUCACAACUGAGCACUCAAUUUUGCACACAUUUUUUUUUUUUUUUCAAAUUAAUAACAGUUCUUCAGGACACAUUCACUAUACAAUGUAGAACCAAAAACUUAUUGCACAUCAAUUGUUAUUAAACUAAAAAUUACAAAUUCCUGUAAAAUGUGUUUUUGGAUUUAUCAUAAAAAAAAAAUAAAUUAUAUUUUAAUAUUAUCUUUUUCUUUAGCAAUUAAUUCUUUUUUUUCACUAAUAAAUAUACUAACUAUACCUUUUUUUGUCAGGAUGAAUCAUCAUUACCCGGAUAAUUAUGGGUAUGGACGGGGUACUCCUGCUAUUCCUGGUAUGGGUUUUGCAGGAAGUGGAUACACUGACCCAUCAGCAAUGGUAUGAAUAAUCUGUAAAUAAAAUCUCAAAUUUAGUGUAAAUAGGAACCUAUAACAAAGUAAACUAAUUUGAAUAUGUUGCAUUUUCACAACAAUGAAAAUUAUUUUUUCCAUUGCUCUUUGUUUUCUAGACAAGAAUGGGACAACCUAGGGAAGGAUAUCAAAUGUCACAUUAUCCUGUAAUGCAGCCACAAAGUGGAAUGUAUGGACAAGGAGGGUUUAUGGGACAGCAAGGUAAUCCUUAUAAUAUGAGUGGUUACAGCAACUAUGGGAUGCAAGGAAUGAACCAGUCUUCAAUGAUGGGAGGUAACAGACAAGGCGAUAUGACUAGAAUGGGAACAGGCAAUGUGAUAAAUCCAUAUUAUAAUACAGUCAUGUCUCCCGAUCCACAUGCUUCUCCACAACAUGCAUCAAUGAAUAAUCAAGCUGUCAACUACAGUCAUACCCAAGCUAAUUCUCUUAUGCAACAACCACACAUGAGCAUGGUUUCAGGUAAAAAUUCUGCCAUAAUGUCUAACCAGGGAACUAUAGGACCCAUUCCUACACAAAACUCUGGUCCUUCGGCAAUGACUAACCAGUCAAUGCAUAGCCAGGGUGCUCAUAGUCCUGUUCAUAUGAUGUCUCAGGUGGGAGCACUUCAGAACAGUGGUACAUAUGGAAAUCAGACAUCACCGCACAUGAUACCCCGAACUCAUCAUGUACCUCAGCAUCCAAUGAGGCAUCCCACAACACAGCAAAAUCCCCAGGAAGUGGCUGACAACAUACUGCAAAUGGCUUCUGCCUAUCCAUCAAACCAGACGGUAAUUAUUAUGGCUUUAAUGCAAAAUUAGAUAAUACUGUUCAACUUUUAAUCAAUACACUUAACUCCAUGCAACGCUGUUCUGAAAGUUCAACUGGUUUUUACACAAGUUUGUGUCAUAAGGGCACUUUUUCUCACACAUGUAUGAAAACAUGGCAUCUUAAUUACUACCUGGGACUAGCCAUAAAUUGGGAAGGCAAAAAAAUAAAUAAAUCUACUAUUGUUGAAACUGCAUUUCCUGUCAAACACAUUUUAGACUGUACUAAAUAGCUGCAAGCUAAGCAUAUCUCUUUUUUUCUGUCUUGAGUCAUUAUUCUUGUGUGUGGUAUAUAUUAGGUUUGCUGUGAUUUUAAGGUCUCAUGAAAUUCAGAAAAUCAGUAGCCAUGGUUCAAACACUGUCCAUCUUGUUACCAUUAGUUAAACACUAGUAACAUCAUUUUCUGCUACAUAUGAGUCUUAACAUGGUGACAGCUGUUACAUGGGGCAUAUCUGUUUGAAGUAUUUGUUUCCUUCAGCUGUACCAUUUCAUUAGUCAUGAACAGUAUGAAAUAAUCUGCUACAUUGCUUAUAAAUAGGAAAGCUAUGAAUGCCAUCUUUCAUCUCUAUAAGUCUAUUCAUCUGAUCAGAAACACUGUUCAAAUAGUCUGUCCCAAUGUCAGUGGCAACAGUUGGUGAGAGUGUAUCACAAACUCAUCUGACCCCUACAAUAUCAUUUAAAGUGGAUUAUUCUCACUAUUUUUAUACCAUCUCCAUCAAUAUCUGACUGAUCUUCAUUGUUGGUAUUAUUGUUAAAUGAAUAUCUAAAGUUUAAAUUAGACAUCGAACCAGCAAUCAAAUUGAAAUACCAUAGCAAUAAAUUCUCGUACAACACAAUUACAAAUUUACUCAUUUUAGUCCAACUUUACAACUCACUUCUCCAUAACUGAAAGAGAUAAAAAUAUCACAUUUGACCUAUCUUCCUACUUUUGAAGUAUCCCAAUGCUACUAGCAAGAUCGCAUGGUAUGUGUAAGUUACUAGACAAAAUGAUGCAUAGGUCAAAAUAGAAGCAAAUGGGUUAAGGGAAAUAAUCCUAAUGGGUUUAACUCACUAAAGUGUAUAAGCCUGUUCUGGAGAGAGAGAGAUAUGAAGUGAAUAUUUAAAAAUAGCUUAUUUACCAUGGAUAGAUCAUAAUGUAACUUUAAAUUCAAAUUUUUAAUACAAAGGUUCUUACAACAUUGCAAUAUUAACUGGCCAAACUUAUUUUCUUAAAAUAAUAGGGGCUGAUUAUUUUUUUCAAUAUUUACAUUUCUUUAGGUACAGGUACCCCUGAAAAGUCGUCCUGCUCCUUAUCACAUCCCUCGAUCCCCUCACUACAGCGUGUCUCACUCAGAUUUGCCUCAUACUUCUCCAAAUCCCCACCAGCAGCAGCAAAGUCCAGUCAACUGCCAGACAAGUCCAAGUCCUUCCUCGAGUGUGAAAUCACCAGCACCAGUGCUAGCACCAAUCCCCAACCCUAUACCUUCGCCAGGCAUUAGUGGCCUGAGAUCACCUUGUAAUCAAGGAAUGUCACCUUGUGGUACACAGCGUUCUCCAGGCCGUAUGGGCUCUUCUUACAGUGGUCAUAGCCAAGGUGGCCCGCCAUCACAAUGUGGGGGGGAAACAUCUCCUUAUCAUCAUAAUAUAUCCCCUUCAGAUACACAUUACUCACCCUGUGCUAUGACGCCUACACACAGUUAUGCUGCAUACAGCGCAUCUCCUUCUGCUCAGCGUAAUGUAUUGAUGUACUCUCCAUCCAGUGACCAUUCUUUAAUUUCCACUCCGGAGCAGUUUCGCCAUUCUAACUACACCAUUUCCAGUUCUUCCAUUACUUCCUCAAACAACGUUACGUCAUAUAGUAAUUCCUCUAAAAAAAGUAGUAGUGGGAUGUCUAAUUCUACUGUUACAAAUGCACAAAUGGUGAAUAGUCCAUUAAUGUCUCUACAAAAGCUAGUAAUGCUGCCUGAAACACAAGUUGUAGAUCCUAAGAGUGUAGUCAAUGAUGCAUGUCUUUCUUCACAUGAUGAGGCUCCAAAAAACGCUGAUAGCCCAGCAGAACGGCUUGUUGAGGGCUCAAGUCAUUCUGUCGGGAGUCAGUGUAAUUCUAGCUCUUACCGAAAUCAGUCAGGCAAUACAACACAAGAUGUUCAUUUAUCCGAAAACAUCAGUGAUGUGAAUGCUGUUGAAAAAUCAGUGCCGGCACAGCAAACAAGCACUAGUUUUCCUUUAAAUGAACAGGUGCAAGUUUCUUCAAACUUGGAUAAUAAUGAAGACCUGUUGUGUAAUGCAAAUAAGAAUUUGCAUCAAAAUGUAAACAGUAGUCCUGACAAGAAACUGAAAGAAGAAACUGUAAUAACAUUUGACCAUAAUGAAACACCUGAACAAAAUUGGUCACCUUUACAUCAGAUACUUUCAGAUUCUGAAACUAAAAACAGCUUGAACCCUAGUCAUUUUAUUGCUGCAGAUGACAGAUUAUCAUCAGGUAGUAUUGAAAACUUGACAGAAAAAACACAAGCUAUUAAAACUAAUGGGCAUCACAUUCCAUCUAAACCUCUUACAAUACUUACAAACAGUGAGACAAAAAAGAUAAUUAUAGAUGGAGUUGAGAAAUCAUCAAAUACUUUGGAUAGAGCAAUUCAUUCUCCAGAUCGUAAGAAUGGCAAGAUAAAGGAUGAUGUAAAACGUUUGAUGGUCCAAUGUCGUUCACCUGGUGUUUUGUCAGAGGUUCCAGUCAUAACUAAUGGUCUAAUUAAUGGUAGAGUACGAGAAAAUGAUGAUGAAAUUGAUCAGGAUUGUGAUUUAGCUGUACAUGCUAAACUGCAUAAUGGUUUCAGCUCUCUUGUCAAAGUUAAGUUAGCCUCAUCGAAGAGAGCAUCACAGUUUGCCCGUGUUACACCAUGCAGCAUUGCAGUUGGUGCGGAUGAAAGAGCAGCCUGUGAUAGGUUUGUCUAUCGGCGUAAUGGGAUAUGCAGAUCUUUAAGAACCACUCGAAUUAUUUUUAAUGGAAGAAACCGGAAUGAUAGUACAGGAAAUGCAGACUCAGAUGAAAGCUUAGAAAACGUAUCUGAAAGCAACUUUGGCAUAUCUGAUAGUCCACAAGAUGGGAAUAAAAAACGCUCAAAUACACCAAAACGAAGUGAAUGCAAGAAACCAGACUUGAACUCCAUGUCAACUUCUAAUAAAGUAAAUGAAAGUGACACAAAAUCUGCUGAGCCCGUAACAUCUGGUAGCAAUGGAUGUAUGUCUUACAACAAUAAUGAGAUCAGUGAUGAUGAUGUUUGCUACUAUGAAGGUGUGGACAGUUCUGACAUUUUCAUCAACAAUUGUAGCAGCGAUGAAUCUUUAACCUCAUCUGGUGAAUUAAAACAUAAUAAGCUAUUAACCCCUUAUAAGGGUGCAGAUGAAAAUCAACACCAUACAGGUACAAGCUCUAAUUUAAAACCUGCUGAACAAGAGGACACUGAAGAGAAAACAGAAAAAGAAUCAUCGCCACCAGAACCUACGUCAACUGUGAGUGGGUCUGUUUCUUCUCCACCCUCUAAGAGAUUACGGAGGUCUUCGGGGCAAAAAGCUAAAGAAAAAUUGAAGGCUCUGUCUAUUAUGAGAUCUCCUAACAGCUCUGCCAACAACAAAGUGGAGAAUGAUAAAAUACCCGAGGCAGUACAGACUAAAAUUGCAAGAGUGAAAAAGGAGUUGGAUGUGAGUUUAUCAGAGGAAGUGGCAAUUGAACAAAUAGUUAAAUCUGAUCACUUAAGAUCUUCAAGUAAAACACCUGUAAAGUAUCCUGUAGUGGUGCUUGAAAAAUCAAGCAUAAGUAAAUCUCCUAUCAUAAAAGAGGAAAAAUAUGAUCUAAUAGAUUUAACUGAUGCAUGUAAUGAUGGUGCUUCAGCCGGAUUAGAAUAUCUGCAAGCUUGUGAUACGAAUGAAUCAAAAAAGAUUAAGUUGGAAAGUCAAGAAACUACAUCAGCCAAGCCAAUUAAAAAAAAUGCUGAUGAAAUGGAAGUUGGAGAUCAACUUGCUCAAGUAAAACCUAUUCCACGUACUCCAAACAGAAAGCCGAGAAGAAGACCACAUAGGAUGAAAAGUGUGAAAAAGAAAGACAAACUAUAUGGAAAGGGGAAACGAAAUGAUGAGGUAAAAGAUUCAUUUAAGUCAAUGAAAUUUUCCAGAACUCUUGAUUUGAUGAAGGCACGUCGUAGAAGAGAGACUUCAUCAUUAGGUCCAUUUAUUAGAGUCACCGGAAAACCAAAUGCUCCUGAUACAGUGUCAGUUUUUAAUCAACCAGUCCCUGAAUUAGCCAUUGUAGCAGCUAAUAACAAACAUUCUAAAAGUAAAAAAUUGCAUUCAUUACCUAAUGUGACCACAGUUCACAUGGUGACCAAUCUACCCACUGAUAAAACAGCAAUGAUCUCAUCCAAUCGUACUAUCAGCCAGGAUCCUUGGGUUUGUGCCUUUUGUUCACACCACAGUAGCUACAGGUUUUUAGGAGACUUAUUUGGCCCAUACUUUAAAGAAAGUGAAAUUAAUGAUGUUGAAAGUAUAGCUUUGGAAGAAAGCAAGAAGAGUGAUAUGUCUAAAGAACUAAAAACACCUGACUUUAAUAUCGUCAAAAAAAAAGCAAAUGAUCUCAACUUAUUAGAGAAAAUAAAUAGCGGAAGCAGUAGGAAACGAGGCAAAUCAGCAUUAACUCUAAAACCUCCAGAGCAAAAUCUUGCACCACCAGAGGAAGUUUGGAUUCAUGAAGCUUGUGCUAUUUGGUCACCUGGUGUCUGUAUGGUUGGGAACAAACUGUAUGGUCUAGAUGAGGCUGUGAAAGAUGCACGUGAUACUGUAAGUAGAUUAAAUAUAUAAAUUUUGUUUUGAAGCCUCGCUCUUAAUCUUAUUGAACUAUGCUCAAAAGUUCUAUUGAAUCAUAAAGAUAAAAGCAUUAUAUAUUAUAGUUAUAGUAUUAUAAUUAUGGAAAGCUUUUAAUUAAAAAGGUAAGCAGGUUUUCUGGUAAUUUUAUUUAUAUUUCCUUUAGAACUAACAAUUAUAACAAUAAAAUAUUAUCAAAAUAAUUUAUUCCAUCAAGAAGAUAAAAUAAAUGUCAAAAAUCAUAAUUUGUCUGAUUCAUACAUGAGUGAAAGACCAAAAAUCAAAAUAUGAAUGGUUUAAAUAUCUUUUUUAAACCCCAUUAAAGGAUUAAUGAAUUUAAAAAAUUUUAAAAAAGCAUGGUUAAAAAAAGGCAUUGUGAAAAGUUUCAUCUUAGUAUCUUAGUAGGGGAUCAGCAACAUACCAAGUGAAGUUCUCAAAGGUUUGAAACAGGAGAGACUUAAAACAGGGGUUUUAAAAAUAUGCUGUUGCUAUAUCUGCUUUUAAUUAUUUUUUUUAUGGAUUGCAUAUAAUACCAUAAAUGUGUCUCUAUCAUCACUAGUUAUGCUCUGUGUGUAAAUCAAAAGGUGCUAUGAUUGGUUGUCUUCACAAAGGCUGUUCCAUGAAAUAUCACUUCAUUUGUGCUGUAGAUAAAAAAGGUAUAGUAGAUGUUUUUUCUGAAAAUUAUUCAAAAUUAAAUAAUACACUUAGGUACAGGUUAUUUCAAAGGAAGGCCCUAUCUUUGCAGCAAAGUCCACCCUCAAUAUGGUCCUCAAUACGCCACUGUGAAAUACCUGUAAACAUGCGUCAUUUCACUAUUAACAUACAUGUUUCACACAUUUGAAAUAGUCACUUUAAAUUGAGGAUGUUAUGUUAAUUUUUUAAUUUUUAAAAUUAUCAGUUUGAGUGUUUUAAAUUGAUCAGUGGGCCAUAUAAAACUUUAAAUUAGCAUAUGACACCUAAUUUUAUUAUUUAUAUCCCAAAAAAGUCACAAUGGAUUUAUUGAUUAAUUUAAAAACAGUAUUUUCACUACAAAUGUUUAAAAACCCAACAUCUCAUAAUUGUUAUCAGAAAUUUAAUUAUCGUUUAACAUCCUUACUUUAAAUUUCUUACCCCAUUAUAAGUAAGAAAUAAAUUUCUAAACAAUUAAAAGUUCUAAUAUUCUAAUAAAAAAUGACUAUGAAAUAUCAAAUAAUCUACUAAAGAAAAGUUUUUAAACACUUCUAAUCGAUACGGGUAGUUAGAGUCUUUUAAUAUUAUAGUCUCUAUCUGAUCUAUAAGAAUUUCAAUAGCAAUAUAUUAUGUGAUUUGAUAAUGUAUAAUAAAAAAAGAAGACUUGUUUUUAGCAAGUAACUAAAUAAAAAUAGAUUGGAUACAUUUUUUAAAAUAUUAAUAAACUCAGAUUUUAAAAAAUUGUGAUUAUUUUGGUCCAAUGUAAAUCAUCUCCACCCUGGAAGUUAAAAAUAAAUCUACUUCAUCUGCAUAACAAAUAUUUAUUUUUAGUUUAAACUGUCCUUUGGGGGGUCCAUUAAUUAAGUCAACAAAAUUUGGGGGGAGGUGGGGGUUGUUGGAAAUGUUUGACAGUUGUUGACAAGGGGAAGGGGGGCGGUUAGAUUAGUUGAAGUCAACAAUCAUGUUUUCUCUAUUAAAAUUUUAAUCUUAAAAAUUGACUGGCUAUUACAUUAUUUUUAAAAAUUUAUAAAUGGAAAUGAGUUUAAAUAGUUUUAUAAUUUUAGGCUUUAAUCCAGUGCUCCCCAAAUGGCGGUCCAUGGACCUUCACCAGUCCGCAUGCCUAACGCUGCCCCCAUAACAUAAAUAUUUAUUGUCAAAGAGAAGUAAAAGUAAAAAAUAAAACAUUCACCGGUCCCUGGUAAAAUUUCGAAACUUGUUCACUGGUCCGCCAAACUUAAAAGUUUGUGAACCACUGCUUUAAAAAAUAUAAGAUUUAUUUAAUGUGUGUCUGUGCACUGCAGAUUGGUCAGAAUGUUAGCACACUUUGUUAGUGCAAGAGAAGUCAAAAGUUGGCCUCUCUUCACCUGUAGAUUCUGUUGCAGGUAUGGAACAAGGUUCAAGUGUCAUGUGCAUUCAAGAUAAAUGAUAUAGAGUAGUAAUGCGAUAUUUUGAGAAUGAGGUGAAUGUAAAGCCAGUUAACAAUAAUAACAUCGCUGCUUGAAUGGAUUUGCAAAAUCUUUAAAAUCUAUUUUGCAUCACAAGUCAUGUUGAAAAAAGCAUGUUAUACAGAACCGCCUAUGCCCUCUUGAGCAUAAGAAAUUAGCACCUGCCUCAAUAAAAAAGGAUUCGACCAAUGCGAGGAGGUGCAAGGAGAUAGAUAGAGCUUAUGGCAAUUAUUGCUCACACCGAAAAUGCUUCUAUUUUAAGUGCUGAAUGGUUAGAUGAGGAUGAUGUUGACUUGUCUGGUUAUAUCAGUGCCGCAAGAUUAAAAUGAUCAAUCAGCUGCUAUAGGCUAUACCCAUCAGGGGCGUCAUUUCACUUUUUUUCAGUGGGGAGGAGGGCAAAACCAAAACUUGGUUGGCUUGUUAAAUUGUUUAUUACUGUAGGCGCCACAGUACACAGCAAUUUAAAUAAAACCUGCAAAUUAGGGGGUGGGGCAAAUGCCCUACCAAAAUGAUGUCCCGGAUGCCCAUUGUUACGAAAGAGCAAAUCUGGCUACUCCUUGAGAAGAUGAUAGUAGCUACAAACUAUACUGCAAUUGUCAGCUUUACUGACAAUAAUCAUAUUUAUACCACAAACAAUGAUAUUUAGUCUUUAACAACCUUUCAAUUGAUUCUGCAUUAUAAAAUUUAAGUGUAAAAACAUUUUAACUUAUUGAUUAACAAGCUAAAGAUGCAAUGAAAUGUUUUUCCUAAAAUUUUAUUGCCAUUAAAAUCGAUCAGCACAAAGUAAAAUGUAUUAAUAAUAUAAUACCUUGGGGGGGUGGGUGUGUGUGACAUAAUUUAAAUAGGGGGGGGGGGUCAUUGAAGGUUUGACAGUUGUUUACAGGGGGGGGAAGGGGGGCAAAAUUGCUUAAAAAGUGUUGACGUAAUUUAUGGACAACCCCUUUCCUACUAUUUUAGAAUGUUGUCUCUACAUGAAAAAGUUAUUUACAAAGUUUUGUUAAUAUUUAAAUAGGGGGGGGGGGUCAUUGAACGUUUGACAGUUGUUUACAGAGGGGGGAAGGGGGGCAAAAUUGCUUAAAAAGUGUUGACGUAAUUUAUGGACAACCCCUUUCCUACUAUUUUAGAAUGUUGUCUCUACAUGAAAAAGUUAUUUACAAAGUUUUGUUAACCUUUUUCAGAGUGCUUUUUGGAUGAAGAAAAUCUUUCAUUACUGUGUCCUAAACAUAAGGUAAGAAACCAUAGUAUUUUCCAUCUUGUUACAUAUUUCAGUUGCAGGAAAUUUCUUGUCUUAAUAUAAACAUAUAUUGGAGAAAAAAAAAUUUAAUAUUUUUUUUGGACAAAUUUGAUAUUAGAGAUAAUGUUAAUUUUUUUUUACAUUUUCAUAUAACUUCAACGUAACUGUAUUGAGUUCAUAAUCACUGAAUUAAAGGUUAUUAGUCGUAGAUUCUAAUAUUAUUUUCAUGCUAAUUGAUUUAAGUUAACCUUUAACACAGAUUUUAUAACUAUUUUAAAACAUUUUAAAUCCUUAUCUAUUUUCUUUUUUUUUUUUCAUAAGGACAAAAAAAUUAGCUUUGCUGGACCUUCAAAGUCUUGACACUCCGACUCAGUGUUACCAAUUAAUGAUGUGUGUCACUUUACUUACUUGAGCAAAUAAAAUAGUUUUGUAAAUAACAUUUAUGAGAUACUUCCCAUCAAUUAGUGUAUUCAAAAUGAAUAUGUGUAAAGGAAUGUAUUUGAAAAAGGUAUUUUGUAGCUGUGUUCAUUCUUCUUAUAAAUUGUUGCUGUUUGAUUGUAUGGUAGAAAUGUCUUGUAUAUAUUGAAGACAAUUGUAUUAUUCCAAUGUAGAGAUCUCAAUGAAUUAUGUGAACAAGCUUUACUUAGAUUUAUACAUCUAGCAGAAGUGAUGCCACAUAUAUAUCAUAAAUAUUGUGUAAUAUUUAUUGAAUCUGCUGGAUUAUUAAAUUACGAUUAAAUCUAUUAAUUAAGAGGUAAUCCUCCGUUAUAAUAUCUUUGUGACUAACCCCAGAAUUGUUAAAUACAAGUGGAUGAACAUUGGUUGUUUUUUUUUUACUGUCAGUUGUAUUUGAUUAAAAAGUAUGCUUGCAUCCCCUACAAAGAUAUGGUUCUAACUCUGUACCCACACAUUGUACCUCUAAAAAUAAGAUAUUGUACCCACACAUCAUUUCAUGUAUUGUUUUGGAUAAGUUACAGUCGAAAAUAAUCUUUAAGAGCUACAUGUCAAAUACGGUGUUCCCAAAACAUUUCAACGCUCUACUCUUUUAUUAUAGUCAUGGAAGUCACUGAAUAGGAUUCUAGAUUAAUAUUAAAUGCUAUGCUUACACUUACAACCUGCUGUGGCGUAGCUGGCCAGUAAAAUUUUAAAGCAGAGGAAUCGUUUCAAAACGGAAUCCACAAAUACAUCCUGAAUUUUAUCAUGAAUGUUGGCUUGGUAUGCUCUGGAGAGAAGUAUCACUAAAAUAACUUUUUUUAAAUAUUCAAGGUGACCAAUAAUCUCUUCCAUCAGAUUCCUCUAAUAUACUGCAGUUUUUUUUCUAACAUGGGAAUGUUGCCCAGAUAAGUUUUCCAGUGCCCGUUGUGCAGCUUGCAACUUGCAUACAAUUUUCUGAACAUUUCCUUGAAUAUCUUUUUCCUGUACAUGAAAUUCCAGAUUUAUCUUAAGUUGCUUUAAUAUAUCUACUACUCUAGCCAAGUUUGAUUAUAAAACUGAACGACAUUUUUAUAGACUUUUGAAAAUCUACACAUUGCAGUUUAGAAAAAUAAUUAUUUAAUGACCUGGAAUAAGAAUUUACAUAGUUAAAUUGUUCUUUUAAAAUUAUUUCCUAUGGUACCAUAUUUUUUGUAUUUUAAAAUUUUGAUUGUAGAAUUAAGAGAACAUAUUGGUCUUGCAAAAAGGCAAGAAAGGGCGAUAAUUCAUGCAGGGAAUGUUUGCCAUAAGUUUGACCUUAGGAUAGCUGAUCAUCUAUACCAGUGGUUCCCAAACGUUUAAGUUUGGAGGACAGGUGAAAAAUUUUCAAAAUUUUACCAGGGACCGGUUCACGAUUUAUUUUUAUACUUUUAUUUCUAUUUGACAAUAAAUAUUUAUGUUAUGGGGACCGGCAGCGUCAGGCAUGCGGACUGGUGAAGGUCCACGAACCGCCAUUUGGGGACCACUAAUCUAUACAAACACACACAAAAUUUUAUAGUCCAUAGACUUCCAGUUUAAAUUAAACAAAUUUACAAUAACAUUUUCACAUAUUAAAGGAUUUCUUAGCACACAGCAAUACAACAACUUGCCUUUGUAUUAUUUGAGUGAAGUUAGUUCAUGAAUACAUGCAAAUGAUAAGAUGAAUUUACAUUAAUUGGCUCAUCAACUUGAAAACAAUGGGAAGGGUGAUUUCUUUCAAAACUAUGUUUUAUAGAUAUGUCAGUAAUGCACCUGUAAUUGAUGUUAUGGAAAAGAUAGUUGACUUAGGGGUUGUGUCAGUGCUGGUGGUUUGUGAAUAUCUACCUUGUAGAUUAUGUCUUGAAAUAAUGAUUUGUUAUACAACUUUAAUAGUUUAGGUUUCAACUAUCAUGUUGCUAACCAUAUCAUUAUCAGUUUGUAUUCUCAAAAUGACACAAUGUUCCGAAAAACUAUGUUAAUUAAUGAGUUUCAUGCAUAAUGUAAAUGCUAUAAAGUAGUUAAAGUAAGUUGGACUGUGAUAAAGCUAUUAUUGAGUAGCUCAUUUCAAAGUUUCUAUUCUGUUUAGAGGAUGGUAGAGUAAAAAUUGUUACAGUAAUGUAAUAGCCACAUUUGGGUGCUAUUUUUUCUUUAAAAUUAAAGAAACCAACCAAAAACAAAACAAAAUAGAAUUUCCUGGUUGAACAUACAUCUUGUCUUUUUUAUUGGAAACAUCUUUUUUUUGUUUUGGAAGUGGAAGCACCAUUAUUCUCUCCACCUGCCAGUUGCUACAGACUAAUCCAGUUGGUGUAAGCUGCAUUUGUACAUGCCUGGUUUGUCAAUGUGUGAUACCAUGUAUACCAGUGGUUCUCAACCUUCCUAAUGCCACAACCCUUUGACACAGUUCCUCAUGUUGUGGCGACCCCCCAACCACAAAAUUAUUUAGCUUGCUACUUCGUAACUGUGGAGUAUGUGUGUUUUCCGGUGGUCUCAGGCCACCCCUGUGAAAGGGUCACUCGACCCCCUAAAGGGGUCGCAACCCACAGGUUGAGAACCGCUGAUUGUAUACUAAUGAGUGAGAUUGUCCCUAUAUGGUUAUCAUGUUACUGGUAAUACUUAAACUUGUAUUUAUGUGGUCUGAUAUUGUGUGGUUCCAUGUUUAAUAAUGAGUGAGAUUGUUCCUAUACUAUAUGACUGUCAUGUUCCUGGUAAUAGUACUUAAACAUGUAUUUAUGUGGUCUGUAAAUGUGCGGUUCCAUGUACACUACUAAUGAGUGAGAUUGUUCCUAUAUGACUAUAUGAUUAUCAUGUUCCUGGUAAUAAUUAAACUUGAAUGAAUUGCUGUCCUAUUUAAUUUAUUACUGUAAGUUGAUCAACUGGUCCAUGUACAUUAAGGGAAUAGGUGUGAUGUAACCUCUGUAAGUAAAUGUAUUCUGUUAGUCAGUCGUAAUCCUGUAUUGCAAUAAAAGAAUUAUGUGAUUUAUGUUUAGACUUUAUAUUAAAAUGAUUCUGAU